GGAAAUCGCUGUCCUGGAACAAUGAACUUUAACCCUAACCCCUUUGGGUGUAUGUAAAGUAAUAUUGACAUUGGAGGAUUUGGGACUUUUAGGGCUAUAGCUAGGAUAAGGAAACAAAAUUUCAUGUAAAUUGUAAUUUAUUGGCUGUUUACUUCGCUGCACGGUGCCCAGACGUCAUGCAAUCAAAUAAGGGAAAAGUUGAAAAGGCACCAAGCUGUUUACACAGAGAUGAGUCACAUUUGCCCAAUCCUCAACAUGCUCAAGCCACUGCUAAAAUUCUACUCUCUCGCGACUCUGCUCACAAUUCGGUGAACAUCUUUAGAACAUGAAUCACCUAAUAUCACCACAGAGUACCGACAAUGUUAUCUUACCAGCAGAGAUCAAUUUUAAGUAUACACCGACACAUGUCCCUGGGCCAGGAUUGGAUAAACACCCGAGCGAAAUCAUCUACGAAGGAUGCAACUGUGUCGCACCAUCGUGUACACUGCAGUGCCCUUGCAUCACCCGACAUGGCGCGAACUACGACAACGCAGGGCAUUUCAUCAAGGGCCCGAGUACAACCGAGUCUCAGCCGGUGUUUGAGUGCAACGCCAGCUGCAAAUGUGGCCCUGAAUGCAUCAACAGAGUGAUACAGAACGGCCCACUAUUCCCACUCCACGUCUUCACCACAGCAAGAAAAGGUUACGGACUGCAGUCACCGGUUCCCAUACCCAAGGACAGAUUUGUGUGCGAAUAUGCAGGGGAGGUUCUGACGCUCAAGGAGGCACAGAAGAGAACCGGUGAAAUGAAGCCGCAGGAUUUGAACUUUAUAAUGGUUGUGAGGGAGUCAUUGGCCAGUGGGGCAGUGAUCACAACUCCAAUUGAUCUGACCCACAUUGGUAACAUUGGCCGGUUUAUUAAUCACUCCUGCCAGCCCAAUUUGUAUCUGGUUACUGUCAGAGUUGACAAUGACAUACCCAGAGUGGCCAUGUUUGCCAGGAGGGAUAUCGAUGCCCACAAAGAAUUGACAUACAGCUAUUGGGGCGAUCAUGCACCACAAGCAGCUAGCGAUGAGACACAUGAGGGCCAACAGUCGGAGUGUUUCUGCGACAGUGAAAAUUGUGUGGGGUUCUUGCCAUGCAGUGGUGGGAUUUAUGAAACCGGAAUGUGAUGAAGGGAUUGAUUUAAUCCACAACGAACUUAU